UAUUUAUUUAAUAAUAUGAUAUCCAGCUAUCCAUAUUUAUUUAAUGUGGAUGUGAAGGAGUUAGAUAAGGAGAAAAGGUUGCUGGAUGUUCUUGAGAAAAUCAACUAUCCAACCCCUAGUACUGUAAAGAGGUCUGGAGAUGUGAGGAUGUGGUGUUAUAUUGAAACUAGAACAUGUGGUAAAUGUGUGAGUAUAUCGCUGCACCCUAGUUUGACGGCGGGAGAGGCGGUUCUUCUUGUUGCUAAGGAAGCAAAUCUUCAAGAAUUUCAGAAUAUGUUGAUCCACGAGGUGGUUCUUGGUGAAACCCUGGAGAGACCUGUGCAUUUCUCAGAGAAGCUUCUAGAUCUUACUCUUAGAUGGGGGUCUUGGCAGGAUGCUGACCGUCAUAACAACUAUCUGCUCCUGAAAGAAAACAAACUGUACGCGGACGCAGUUCCAUGCGCAAUCCCGCCACUCUCUAUAUUCUCAGAAAUUCAGUUCUCGGAAAAUAAACCUAAAUCUAAGUUCUCCAAACUUCUGUUCAGUGUCUCAAACGCCAGCAUUACAUGCUACAAGGAGGACAAAUCCGGGCAAUCUUCCGAAAUUAGUGCUUGGCCCGUAGAGGAUCUCAUCUGGUAUAUAGGUUGCGAGAAGAAGAGAAAUCCUCCCCAUCCACUUAACCUUACUUUUAUUGACAAAGACGAGCCACUGCGCACAAAGGAAGCGCCACUCUUCGGCCGCGUUCUGUCUUUCAGCAGUCGUGAGCUGUUCACCAAGUGGUUAGCAGCUCUCCUGGUGGCGGAAUAUGGAACUAAUAUUGUUCAAAACAAUCUUGUUAUUCUUGAUUAAAGAUUUCCACUUAAUUGAAUCAUCAUGAACUCGAUUAAAUAAUUAAAAUAUUGAUCAAUAUUUGUUCACUGGAUAAAAAAUUAUCUAUGUAACCUAGGUGAAUUAUGACCGCCAUAUAAAUGUAAUUCAAAUGGUUUGUAAUUUAAUCAAUUAGUUGGUCGAUUUUAUUUUCUGACCUCACGAUUAAUCAAUUGAAAAAUUAAUUAAUCAAUUGUCAUGUCUAAAACCAAUUGAAGUUAAAGACUCAAUGUAAAAAGAUCUCAAUUUCGAAAUGAUAAUUACUAUGACCUUUAUCUUUAAAAACUCAAAUUUUUAAUUGCAGAUUUUAACUUAUUUCUUGUCGUGACUUGAGAACUUGAACUUUCACAAGGCUUUUAAAUAUUUAAGUAAUCCUUUAUAAAGCAGAGGUUGUUAAAGCGAG